CCUCUCUCCCUCUCCCUCCCUCUCUCUGUAGUUGAAUUCAAGAAACUCUCUCAUCAUCUCAUCUUCUCAUCUUCUCAGUUUUCUCCCUCUCUCUCUCGAUUCUUGUAUUGGUUGAAUUCAAGAAAGAAAGAAGGGAGCUGAGAAAGCAUGGCAAACGAAUCUACCGAUGAUAAAUCACAAAACCCAGGGUCAUCUGAACCAGUAAGAUUGAUGGCUGGGGAUGAGCAAGAGGCCAAGGCAGAUGCUACAAACGAAACUUCCCCAAAAUCGGUAUUUGUGAACACGGAACCGAUGAGGGAGGAGCAGGUGCAAAAUGCUGUUAAGUUCCUAUCACAUCCGAAAGUUAGGGGCUCUCCAGUUAUGUACAGGCGUUCUUUCCUUGAAAAGAAGGGCCUAACAAAGGAGGAGAUAGAUGAAGCCUUUCGUCGUGUUCCUGAUCCUCCUCCAAAUGCCACAAGUGCCCCAGUAACUACCUCCAAUCAAGCUACAGAUACGAAGCCCCAAGUUUCCGCCCAAACUCCACAGCCUGCAGUGGCUCCUAUCGGUGGUGUUGCUGCAGUCUCAACAAUGCCGCGUUCGAGAUUUCACUGGGCUCAAGCGGCUCUUGCCGUAGGACUUCUUGCUGCUUCAGGUGCAGGAACUGCUGUGCUAUUUAAGAAUGCAGUUAUUCCAAGGCUGAAAUCCUGGAUCCGUAAAGUUGUAACGGAAGAAGAUGGUUCUGAGAAGAAAGAUAAUGUGAAGCCGACUUUGGCUGAAGAAGCUGCAGCAGCUGCAAAAGCUGCUGCUGUGGCCGCUGCUGAUGUUGCCAGAGCAAGUCAAGAAAUGUUGAAUUCGAAAAAUGAAGAGAGGAAAUACUUUGAAGCCUUUAUGAGUUUGUUAGAUGUCCAAGUGGAGGAAAUGAAGUCCAUGGGCAAUUCUCUUCGAAAAUUGGAAGCUGCAAGAGAAGAUAAUCUCUCGUCAGGCAAGCAUAUGGAGGAACAUCUUCAAUAUGCAUCUGGGAACGGGCCGAGCAACAACACAAGGAGAGUUUUGCUUGCUGACCAAGUAGAUUCUAAAUCCUCUUUUAUGGCUUUGAAUCAGGGAAAAGUGAAUGGCACAGCAAACGGUGACUUGGGCUCAGUGAGGCCUUCAUCAGCACCCCCAUCCAUGGUGCCUCCACCACACCCAAAGUCAUAUAUGGAGAUCAUGGCUAUGGUACAAAGAGGGGAGAAGCCUCCUGGAAUCAAGGAGAUCAACGACAAACCUCCCAACCCAAAUCAGCUGCCAUCAAAUCCUCGCUUAGCACCUAGAAUCAAGCCAUGGGAGGUUGCUCAGCCCCAACAGAGCUCCACCUACGGAUUUCAGCCUGAAGUGAGAAACGAAGGGUUGAAUUUCGAUGUCCAAGAUAACAGGCACUUCUCUCAGAUAAAUGGGAAGCCCCUUGGUUCAGUGGGUGAUAGUUCAGAGCAUUGGUGGCUUCAAAAAGGCGCAAGGAUUACCGAAAUCGACAACGAGCAGGACGAUCAAAGGGAGGCCUCUUAUGGCACUGCAGCCAUCCAGCGUCCGCUCCAGCGCUCGUGGGUCCCACCCCAGCCGCCCCCUGUUGCCAUGCCCGAAGCUGCUGUGGCCAUCCGACAGCCUAAGCAGUCAGUUCAAAAGGAGAUGUUGAGUGACGAGCAGUUGAUGAAGCGCCAGGAUAAUGGGAAUGAUGAAAUGGAGUUGGCCACGAAAGCAUCCGGGUCUGCAGUUGAAGUGGAGAGCUUUGAUGGGGUUGCGGGGCCGAAUCGGAGCAAUGAAAUACAGGAAGAAAGAGCAGAUGGCAUUGAAGUGAACUGAGAUGAAUCGACAUGGUAUCGAAUGUUGAAAAGAUGGUAAUGCCCUUUAGCUACUUUCAUGGACUUUUUACAUGCAGAAGCAAGGUAGGCAAUAAUCCUCCUUGCUCUCUUUUCUUUUCUCAAUUUCUAUUACCGAAUUGGUAACUACUUGCAUGGUAUUUGUUAGAACUAGCCUUACGUGAAUAUAGACAAGGAAAAGAACAUCUGGAGCUAUAUUUACAGCUUUUGUUGCA